GGCGGAUCCUUAGGUGGGUCAGGUAUAAGACCAGGACAAACAGGUCCAGUUUGCUCAGACUCCAUUUGUGUGAACAGAGCAGGAGAACCGAAGAUAUGGCUCAGGAGGUGAUUCAGGAGGAGCUGGACCUGGACAUGUAUGACACAGAAGCAGAAAAACACGAAGCAUUAAAAAGUGUGGAGAACUACAGAAGGGUCCGAAUUUCUGGCAUUGAACUCUCUCAGGUUGAUUGUGAAGAGGUGGCCAAUGCUCUAAAAGGCGACCCUUCUAAUAUGAUUGAACUGGAAAUAAACACACCCAUGCCAUCUGAUGCACUGGAAAUUAUCUGUGGAGGACUGGGCAGUCCAAACUGUAAAUUACAAAUCCUCAGAUUGAGGCGAUGCGGGUUGACGAAGGAUAGCUGUGAUUCUCUGGUUGCAGCUUUUAAGUCCAACCCCUCCAAACUGUUAAUACUGGACCUGAGUGAGAAUGACCUUGAAGAUGCUGGAGUGAAGAAGCUCUGGGAUUUUCUACAAAAUCCUGACUGCAUCCUAGGGCAGCUGGAAUUGGAGAACUGCAAUUUAUCAGACACCAGUUGUGAUUAUCUGGGCCAAGCUGUGGUUGCUAACCCCUCCCAUCUGAAUGAACUGGACCUGGGCUUUAACAACCUGAAGAAGAUUCAAGUUCAGCUGCUGUUGCAGCUACGGAGAGACCCAUACGCACUGAGACUUGUGAGGUGGAGGGGGAACACACCAGUUUGAAAAGAGAAGCUGAGCUGUGUGGUUGAAGCUGCAGCAGUUUGAGUCUAAAGAGGCUCUUUCUGGAUCAUGAUGGUGACCUUUGACCUGAAAGAUUUUCAUUUUAUUUUCUCAUGUCUAUCAUUUAAUGUCUGAUAUUUUGUCUCUUUAGAUCAAUGAUCAAAUUCAAACUCCAAUUAAUCCCUAUUAAUCAGUCCCUUUCAAUUGCAACUAUGUACACAAGUUUACUCACCAUUGGUAAUUUUUUUCACCCGUAAUCACUUUUUAUACUGGAGGGGCUCAGUUUGGUUCUGAACUUGAUUCAACUGGAAAGCUGAUCUUUUUUCUUUGUGAUUUAUUUUCAUCCUGGAACCAGAAAUGCAAAAUAAAACGAUUCAACAGUU